GUUUUAAUAAUUGGGCCAUUAAUGUUGUAAGAUUGAAAGCAACGCAUCACAUUUUAUGCAGCACACAGCCUCCCACAGAAGAAGAGAUCUGCAUUUCGUCUUGUUCCUUUCUUCUCCAUCUCUCUCCUUCUUCACUGUUCCAUGUUAGCUUCCUCCUUCCCCACCCAUGGGAAAGACCAGCAAAUGGCUCCGAAGCAUCUUGACCGGCGGCAAGAAAGACAAGGACAAAGACAACAAAUGUUCCAAAACCACUGACAUCAUUCCUGAACAAGAUCGAACCCCACCGACCACAGCUCCCAAAGAGAAACGACGAUGGAGCUUCCGAAGAUCCUCGGCCUCAUCGACCACAACGACAGCCGCGACGACACCGACCCCCGCUGAGUCAAACCCUGUCGCUACUAACUCACCGACAGAUAUUACUGACGAUGAGCAGCAGAAGAUGAGACAGGCCCUGGCCGCCGCAGAUGCCGCCGCACAGGCUGCCGCCGUUAGAACCGCUGAGGAAGCUGCGGCCAUUAAAAUUCAAUCUGUUUUCCGUUCUUACUUGGCGAGGAAGGCGCUGUGUGCGUUGAGAGGAUUGGUGAAAUUGCAGGCGCUGGUGAGGGGUCACUUGGUGAGGAAGCAAGCGACAGAUACGUUGAGAAGAAUGCAGGCUCUGGUGACGGCACAGGCAAGAGCUCGAGCUCAUAGGAUUCGAAUGGUUUCAUCGGAAGAUCAGAACUAUAAUCACAGACACUCGAAUCACAGAAGACCGCUACCAGAAAACAUGUUCACGCAGAUCUAUGAUGAUGAAAUGGACAUGAGCCUGGAAGAGAACAUCAAGAUAGUGGAAAUGGAUGUAUGUGAGACCAAAGGUGACUCUAGAAGGAGAAGAAACCACAUCAACAACAAUAACUUCAACCCAAAUUACCAUAUCACAUACUAUUCCCCAAAGGAAGAAGCCCAUCGGGCUGCCUCUCCUAGCCCAUCAAUUUUGACAGAGAUGAGCCCACGGGACUACAGUGGGCACUUUGAGGACUGUACUUCCUUUAGCACGGCCCAAAGAAGCCCACAACUAUAUUAUUCAGCCAUAUCCGGGCCCGAAGAUCUAAAACAUCUUCCUUUCACCUUCCCAAAACCGCCACCCUAUGCAGAAUCAGUCAUGUCCCAUGACUAUCCUUUGUUCCCAAACUACAUGGCCAACACAGAAUCUUCUAGAGCCAAGGCAAGGUCACAGAGUGCGCCAAAGCAGCGGCCGCCGGAGACAUUUGAGCGGCAGCCAAGCCGACGACGGGCUUCAGUGGAAGGGAGGAACGUGCCGAGGCCCGUGAGAAUGCAGAGGUCGUCUUCUCAUGUGGGCUCCACAGCGCAUAACUACCAAUAUCCAUGGUCCAUGAUCAAGCUUGAUAAAUCCUCAGCUUCACUGAAGGAGAGCGAGUGUGGAUCUUCCAGUACUGUUCUCACUAGUACUAACUACUGCAAGUCCCUUGCUACUUUUGAUCCUUAUGGAGGAAGGUACUACUAACCAAACAAAUUCCUGCAAACAAAAAGGGACCAGUUUUGCAGGAACAAUCAUGGGUUAAUAAUGUUCAAUUGUAUUGCAAGACCCAAUUAUGUAGAGAUUUGUUUUCUUUUCUUUUUAUGUUUCUUUGUUUUUUCUUUUUAAAAUUUGACCAUGUUUGCGAAUUGUUUCGUGAGGAAGACAGUUUAGCAGGUU